AUGUUGAACAUUGUAACAAUCCACGCCAUAAGAAAAACGUCUUCGUUGCCAAGGACUCUGAAAACAUUGCUCCUGAGUCUUGCUGUUUCUGAUGUUGGUGUUGUUUUACUGAUUCAACCAUUUGCCAUCUCACUUCUGGUCAAGGGGUUACAAGAAAACUACCCUGCCUGUGGCACGUACAAGGUUUUUGAAAUUUUGCUGGUCUUGUUUUCUAAAGCUUCGUUCUAUGGUGUCAUUGCCAUAAGUGUGGACAGGUUCUUAACUAUUCACCUUCAUCUCAGAUAUCAGGAACUUGUGACUCAUAAGCGUGUGGUUGCUGUGGUGAUCUCAAUAUGGGUGUUAAGUGCAUUUGUUUCUUCAAUGGUGUUGUGGGUUCCACCUGAUAAUCGCCCCUUAGUUCUAUCCAUUGGUACUGUUAUUGGUCUUCUUCUUACAACACUGAUUUACAUCAGGAUUUAUUUAGCUGUGAGACGCCACAAGAAUCAGAUACAGGCCCUGCAGGCACAGCAUGCAGCACAGACUGGCGAAAUCGCAAAUUUUACUAGUCUUAUUAAAUCUGCAGUCGGUAUAUUCUAUGUAUAUCUUGUCUUUCUGAACAAGGACUGCGACAACAGCAUGAAGGAGAGCAUAUACCAACACCAUACUGAAGGACAAGUCCACUAG